AUGGAUCCCAACCAACAAUCCUACUACCCUCCUCAGCAACCUCAGGGCUACCCUGCUCAAGGAUACCCAAAUCCUCAGGCCUACCCCCCCAUGCAGUACCAGCAAGCCCCUCCACCACCACAGCAAGAAGAGAAGAGCCACGGAUGUCUAUACACAUGUCUCGCUACACUCUGCUGCUGCUGGCUCUGCGGCGAGACCUGCGAGUGUUGUCUUGAGUGCUUCGACUGCUGCUGUUAA